AUGGAACUCAAGAGACAGACUGCGCUGGUGCAGAUCAACGGAUGCAAAACAUCAGAAUCGCUUCCAUUGUGUCUCUCGCACGAUGAACCGACACCCAUUUUGUCUCCCGGUCAUGCCUUGAUCAGAACUCUUGCAGUAGCACUAAAUCCGUUCGAUUACAAGAUGGCCAAGUACUUUCCCUCGCCCGGCACCAGAGUUGGUUGCGAUUUUUGUGGUAUUGUAGUAGGCUUGGCAUUUGGCGAAGAUGAGGAACCAAAGAUCGCUGAAAGUGCUCGAAUCACUAUGAACGACCGAGUUUGUGGAAGCGUAGUUGGCAAUAACUCUCAGCGACCAUUAGAAGGGGCGUUUGCCCAAUAUAUCGUAGCUGAUAUUCAUCUACUCAUUCGAGUACCAAAAAGAUGGUCCAACAUGGAAGCUGCGGCGCUUGGUGGCAUCGGAUGGAAGACUGCUUCUUUGGCCCUCUGGGAUUGCGCAAGCUUAGGCUUGCAGGGACGACCUUCUGAGCCAUUGCAAGAGACUCAACUACCCGUUGUGAUAUAUGGCGGAGCUACAGCUUCAGGUACUAUGAUGUGCCAAUUGCUUCGAUUGCAACUGACGAACACUGCGUACAGGAGUGGAUACCUGCCGAUUGCGGUAACAUCUGAACGUUCAGCUCCUUUGGCGAUGGAGUAUGGUGCCAUCGCCACGGUAUCCUAUACAUCAGAAUCUUGCGUACAGGACAUUCUGCGAAUUGUGAGGCAGUUCACAAAAGCAUCCUCGGUCCGAUACGUCAUCGAUUGCAUCACUGACGCCCAGUCUGCAGCAAAUUGCAUGAAAAUACUAAGCCGAGCUGGUGGCCGAUAUGUAUGCCUGGAAGCAUUUGACGAAUCUUGGAGGACUAGACGGUCGAUAUCGAUCGAAAUGGUCAUGUGCCCAGAAGCAAAUGGCGUGUCAUUGAAUUUAGGUCCUGGCCCCUACACUCGAAAAUACGAUGAGCGAAAGUAUGAGCUUGGGGUUGCGAGCGCGAAGCAAAUACAAGACUUAGUUGAUAGCGACUUGCUCAAGACUCAUCCGGUCCAAGAAAUUAGAGGUGGAUUAGGCGGGAUCAUAAAAGGAUUAGAGAUGCUGUGUCGCGGUGAGGUUCAUGGGAAGAAGCUUGUAAUUCAGAUCCCAUCUUAA